AUGAAGACAAUUCGGGAUGAAUUCAAGGCAAAAAUUAGUCAAGAAUGGAGGGUCAAAACCAUAGCAAGUUCAACGGAGAAUUGGAGCAAAGGGCUGUCCUAUAUGCAUCACAACUGCUCACCGCCAAUUGUUCAUAGGGAUGUAAAAUCCAGCAAUGUUCUUCUAGAUUCCGAGUUCAAUGCCAAGAUUGCAGAUUUCGGCUUAGCCAGAAUGUUGAUGAAACAAGGUGAUCCCAACACAAUGUCCACCUUUGCUGGCACAUGUGGGUAUAUAGCUCCUGAGUAUGUAAAAACUAGAAAAGUGAAUGAGAAGAUUGAUGUAUAUAACUUCGGGGUGAUCCUUCUGGAACUGGUGACGGGAAGAGAGUCGAACGAUGGAGAUAUGGAUUGGUGCCUAGCUGACUGGGCACAAUACUAUGUUGUAGAAGAAAACCCCAUUGAGGAUGCUUUAGAUGAGGAAAUAAAGGAGGCAGAGAACAUAGAUGUGAUGUGUGGAGUGUUCAAGCUAGGGAUCUUCUGUACUGGUAAAACUCCAGCUCAAAGACCAACCAUGGGAGAAGCCUUGCGGAUCCUCCAACAUCCCAGCCCUCUAUCACCAUAUGGCAAAGAAAUAAGUGUUAGUGAGCGUGAUGUUUUACCGCUUAUUAAGUGUUCUAGUAGUGAGGGGAUAUUGGAAGAUGAAGAUCAUUGUUUAGAAAUACAGGAUAGAAACUGUGAAAUUUUGGACUUUAGGCAAUAG